UUACAAGUCCCAAAGACAAGAAAAAUUUACGACACCGAAUAACAUGGCAGAUUUUUUAGGACUUGGCAAUUUGCUCUCUCACGCUAUACUGUCCAGCUGUUGCUGGCUUGAUUAAAAAUGGUCAACAUAACGAGGGAACUUACUCCUGAAGAAAAAUGGAGACUGCAACACGAGGAGUUACAUGCAAAACACAAAGGACACGAAGCAAUGCAUUUAGAAAUGGUAUUGAUAUUAUUUACAACGCUGGCUGUUGCACAGAUAAUAUUAUACAAAUGGAAACAAUCUUAUUCUAGAUCAUACCAGUCCUUCACUCUAUUUGGAAUGUGGUUAUUUCCUUUAUUUUUCAAUCUUCGUGCUGGUUGGUAUCGUAUACUAGUUGUGUGGUUUCUAUUCACUCUCAUUACAUUACUUGUGUUACGUAAAGCUACCAGGACGCCUAUUGAUCCUCACACACCAAGGAUUACGUAUAAAUGGUUUUACAAUGUGCAUCGCGUGACGUACGUUUUAGGGAUAUUAGGUUACAUGAUAAUCAUGUGCACAUUUUUUGGUCUUAACUUACUACUGCUCAUCCCUCCUGAUAUCGCUAUGAGCGCUGGUGUUGUUACAAUAUUUUAUGGUUUGUAUUUUGGUGUGCUAGGACGUGAUUGUGCAGAGAUAUGUGCAGAAAAAAUUGCUGCUAAAAUGGGGUAUUUUAGUGAAAAUGGAUUACCUUCUAAACGGCUGAUGCCUAACAUUUGUGCCGUUUGUGGUCAGGAAUUAACUUUAAAUACAAUGGAGGAUGUAGAAGAAGAAAACACUGAAAAAACAUACAAACUUUCCUGUGGUCAUCUAUUUCAUGAAUUUUGUAUUCGCGGUUGGUGUAUUGUUGGAAAGAAACAAACUUGUCCGUAUUGCAAAGAAAAAGUGGAUCUAAAAAGAAUGUUUAAAAAUCCAUGGGAAAGACCACAUGUUUUGUUCGGCCAACUUUUAGAUUGGUUGCGUUAUUUUAUCGUGUGGCUACCGAUUAUUAUCGUUACUGUACGUGGAAUCAACUAUGUUCUUGGUCUGGAGUAAGACAGGGAAUCAAAUUUUAGCUACAUAUUUAUAUUGAACAUUCAAAAAUUUAUUAUUUCUUAAAUUUAUAUUUUAUAUAAAGUUACAAUAUUUUUAAAGCUUUUUAAUUGUGACACAUCAACCCGCUUCGUUUCUUGUGUGUGAAUUUUUCUAUUCUGUGGAAUAAAGGUGCUGUCUUUUUUCAUGACAAUUUUUUCGCAAAUUGAAGAGUGUGGUUAUGAAAGUGCACAUUACAAAAUCUAGAAGUUAUACUUUUAAUUAUUGUAUUUAUUAUUUGAUGCAUUAGGAAGUUAUUCAAAAUUUAUUCCCGUGUCGUUACUGGAAGAAAAACAUUCCUGUUCACAUUCUGCGUUUUUCUAAAACGGGGACGUCAAUCGCGAAUUGGCAGUUCUUGAAAGCUCUUAUAGAUCGCAUUUAUAAAUAAAAAAAUAAAUAAAAAUGGCAAUGGUUUGACACACAAUGUCGUCAUGAUAAAACGCCCUUAUCAAAUGCCACAACUCUUUAUCUGGGCGCAUUUUUGCCCUUAUAAAAUGCUACAACUCUUUAUCUGGGCGCAUUUUCGAGGGCUAUGAAACAAUUAUUUUCCCUCCAACAA